GUGGAGUUUCACACAUUUAAGGGUGAAGCUGAGACCAUAGAGGGGUGCUGCACCUACCUGCUCCCAGACCAGGGACCAGGACCAGGGACCAGGGACGGGAAGGAGCAACAAAGCCCAAGUGCCUGCGCCAGUCCCAGUGGCCAAGAUGUCAUUGAAGGUGCAGACGAGCAACAUCACCAACAAGAACGACCCCAAGUCCAUCAACUCCAGAGUCUUCAUUGGCAACCUCAACACGGCCGUGGUGAAGAAGUCAGAUGUGGAGAGCAUCUUCUCCAAGUACGGGCGGGUGGUGGGCUGCUCCGUGCACAAGGGCUAUGCCUUCGUCCAGUACUCCAACGAGCGCCACGCACGGGCUGCUGUCCUGGGGGAGAAUGGCCGUGUGCUGGCAGGACAGACCCUGGAUAUCAACAUGGCUGGGGAACCUAAACCCAACAGACCUAAAGGGCUGAAGAGAGCAGCCUCCACGUUGUACAGUGGCUAUGACUUCGACUAUGACUAUUACAGGGACGACUUCUACGACAGGCUCUUCGAUUACCGGGGCCGGGUCUCCCCGGUGCCCAGGGUGGUCCCAGUGAAGAGGCCCCGGGUCACCAUCCCCCUGGUCCGGCGCGUGAAGGCUGCGCUGCCCGUGAAGCUCUUUGCCCGCUCGGCCGCCAUCGCCGGCAGCUCGGCCCGGCUGAAGUUGAAGUGCAGCGAGCUGCAGACAAUCAAAACUGAGCUGACACAGAUCAAAUCCAACAUUGAUGCUCUCCUGGGCCGACUGGAGCAGAUUGCUGAAGAGCAGAAGCUGUCUGCAGAGGUACGGAAGAAGGCAGAGGGCAGCAAAAGUGAAGUGUCCCCAGAGGACACAGCAUCAGAAGCAGAAGCCAACACAGAGGAGCCACUGAAUGGGGAGGAGGGGGAGGAGGAAGGUCUGGCACGGGAUGAGUGUGAAGAUGAACUGGAGAACAGCCAUUACACAGACAUGGAGGAUGCCAGACUACAGUAACAGCCCCUUCAGAUGAGCAGUGAGCACCAGUGUGAGGAAAGCAUGAGGCUAAACCCUGUCCUGGCACGUUGAGCAAGACAAGCUGAAUCCCAGUGCUGCUGUCAUCUCUACCUGGCAUUCAAAGGAGAAACAUGGCCCGACAUCUCGCUCCCAUCUGUAAAGCAAAGACAAAGAGAACUCUGUAAAGCAAAGACAAAGAAACUCAUAAUCCCAGUGGCUUCCCACUCCCCCGUGCAGUGGGGUCGGAGCUCUGCAGGCAGCAGAGGCAGAACUGACCCUGCCCGACCCAACCCCAGCGCUGAGCGGCGAGCGGGGAGCGUUUGUGUCCCCCCCGUGUGUCAGAGGAGUUAUGGAGCCACCUGCAGCAGGGGAGGGAGAACUCAGCCUGACCCAAAACAGACCUUUUUUUGCCCACACAGGGUGAGAGGCAGAGUGUUUGCUAACUGGGGGAAAAGUACUGUCUCAGUUUGGACAAUGGGUGUUCUCCCACGGAAGAGGCUGUGGUGUAAGCUGUGUGGUCACCUCCUCCCAGGUCUCUGUUGCCCCACAAGCUGCUGCAGGUACAAAGUCACCUCCUGGUGGAAAGGAGAGGCUGCUGCUGCAUCUGCCCUGCUCCUUGCAGCUGCCUAAAGAGAGGGGAAGGGACACUGCCUGAAGAGGAGCAAGUGACCCCAAGCAGGAACAAACAAAGCCUGCAUCAUCUUCAGUCAUUUGGUCUCCACUGUGAAAGCCGAGCACAUCUCUGCAGGAUGAGGGGGUGCAACCAUGUCUGGAGGAGACCCUUUUCUUGGACCAGCUGCUCCCUGGGAAGGAUGUAACCACCUCCUUCUCCAGGCCCUUCCCCAGGGUGCUCAGGUCUCCUCAUACCCCACCUCUCUGGUUCUCCCCCUGACCCAGCAGGACAGGGCUGUGCUGUGGGUCCUGUUUCUGGCUGCAGGGCUGAGCUCCAGCCUGGGGCUGGCAGGGGUGCCCAGCACCACCCUGGGUGCAACGAGACUGUACCAGUGGGUACCCCCAGAGCGCCCCUGCCUACCCAGAGUCUGCUUUUGAUCCAGGUCCUGUGAGCAGAGGUCUCUCAGCCUUUCUCUUCUUCAUUCUCCUUUCUGGGCUUACCCAGAGUUUCUGCAUUCAGGGGCAGAUGGGACUGAAGCUCAGGCAGCACUUUAUUGGGGUCAGAUGUGUCCUGCCCACCUCCCCUCUGCCCCUCCAAAACACACCCACCCCCAUCAGUGCUUUGGAUCCAGAACAGUGUCCACACCUUCUCCUUGGCCAAACCCACCAGCUCUGCUCCCCAGGUGUCUGGAGGCUCUGAAGGGGACUCCUGCUUUCUGCUCAGUCAGACCUCAUCUCUCUUUGAAGGGUGAAGGGGAAAACAGGUCCUGGGGGCAAUGCUUCCUUCCCCCCCUCUGAGGGCCAUCCUGGAGAAGCAUGGCUCUCAAGCACAACUUUUUCUUUGCAUUUCUUAGUUUCAGCUGAUUGCUGAGGGGCUGAAGGGAUUUCAGCCUCUCCCUGUGCUUUCCCCUUCCUUUUUCUGGUUCCUGUACAAUUUCUCCAUUGUGUUGUACUGAGCCACUGUAGAGCUGUUUUCUAGGCUGAGAUGAGCUGCAGUUUUUGCUAUGAACUGACUGUGAUGCUGAUGUUUGGGAGAAAGGUGACCUUGUACAUACAAUCCUGUAUAAUAAAAGAAAGAAAAUCUAA